CCAGAGUCAAUUUGUUCCAAGCCGGGGGUUGACCAGAAAGGAGCAAACAGACUGAGGGGUCUGAUCCCUCUUGGGUCCUCCAGUCAUGAGACUCCUCUGGGGCCUGAUCUGGGCCUUCAGCUUCUUUGCCUCAUCUCUACAGGAGCCCAGGUUGCUCCUGUUUGCUCCUUCUGUGGUUCACCUCGGGGUCCCCCUAUCAGUGGGGGUACAGCUCCAGGAUGCUCCCCGGGGACAGGUGGUGAAAGGGUCAGUGUUCCUGAGGAAUCCAUCUGACAAUAAUGCUCGCUGUUCCCCAAAAGUGGCCUUCACCCUCAGCUCAGAAGAAGACUUCAUACUCCUCAGUCUCCAGAUUCCCCUGAGAGGGGAGAACUGUGGCCUCCAUAACCUCCGCGGAGGCCCCAAUAUCCAACUGGUGGCCCAGUCAUCAUGGCUGACACAGGCUCUGUCAAGAAAAACAGACACUCAGGGCAUCAACCUGCUCUUCUCCUCUCGCCGGGGGCACCUCUUUGUGCAGACUGACCAGCCCAUUUAUAACCCUGGCCAGCGGGUUCGGUUCCGGGUCUUUGCUCUGGAUCAAAAGAUGCGCCCAUCCACUGAAAUCCUCACUGUCACUGUGGAGAACUCUCACGGCCUCCUUGUACGGAAGAAGGAGGUGUUUUCACCUUCGUCCAUCUACCAGGAUGACUUUGUGAUCCCGGACAUCUCAGAGCCAGGGACUUGGAGGAUCUCAGCCCGAUUCUCAGAUGGCCUGGAAUCCAACAGGAGCACCCAAUUUGAGGUGAAGAAAUAUGUCUUGCCCAACUUUGAGGUGAAGAUCAUCCCUGGAAAGCCCUACAUCCUGACAACGCCUAAUUUUCUUGAUGAAAUCCAACUAGAAGUCCAGGCCAGGUACAUCUAUGGGAAGCCAGUGCAGGGAGUGGCCUAUGUGCGCUUUGGGCUCCUGGGUGACAAUGGUAACAAGACUUUCCUUCGAGGACUGGAGAAACAAGUCAAGCUGGUAGAUGGCCAGUGCCACAUUUCCCUCUCAAAGCCUGAGCUUCGGGGUGCUCUGGAAAAGCUUACUGUUGAUAUUACCAACCUGCCAGGGCAGCGCCUCUACGUCGCGGCAGCCGUCAUUGAGUCUCCAGGGGGGGAGUUAGAGGAGGCUGAGCUCACGUCAUGGCGUUUUGUGUCAUCUCCCUACUCCGUGGAUCUUAGCAACACCAAGCGACACUUUGUGCCGGGGGCUCCCUUUCUGCUACAGGCCCUGGUCCGUGACAUGUCGGGCUCCCCAGCCUCUGGCAUUCCUGUCAAAGUUUCUGCCACGUUUUCUUUCCCUGAUUCUGCUUCUACAACCCAAAACUUUGAACAAAGCACAGGCAGGAACGGCCAAGUCAUCAUUCCUGUUGCUGUCAAUCUGAAGGCCUCGGAAGUGCAGCUCUUGGUGUCUGCAGGCUCUCCGCAUCCAGCUGUAGCCAGGCUCGUUGUGAAAGCCCCAUCCUCAGGAGGCCCUGUAUUUCUGUCCAUUGAGAGGCCUGAUCCUCGACCCCCUAGCAUUGGGGAUACUUUUAACCUGAACCUGCGAACUGUUGGUGCCAGUGGGCUCAGCUCCUAUUACUACUACAUGAUCAUAUCCAGGGGCCAGAUCGUGAAGGUGAGUCGAGAGCCAUCGGGGACCCUGACCUCAGUCUCCAUAUUUGUGAACCAUGACCUGGCACCCUCCUUCUACUUUGUGGCCUUCUUCUACCACCGAGGCCUCCCAGUGGCCAACUCCCUGCGAGUGGAUGUCCAGGCUGGGGACUGUGAGGGCAAGCUGGAAUUGAAGGUGGAAGGCAGCACGGAAUAUCGUCCUGGGGAUAAAGUUAAGCUUCACCUGCACACGGAUUCUCCAGCUCUGGUGGCGCUGGGAGCUGUGGACACGGCUCUGUAUGCUGUGGGUGGCACAUCCCACAAACCCCUUGACAUGGCCAAGGUCUUCGAAGUUAUGAACAGCUAUAACCUCGGCUGUGGUCCUGGGGGUGGGGACACCCCCCUUCAGGUGUUCCAGGAAGUGGGUCUAGCCUUUUCUGAUGGAAAUAGAUGGACCCCACUCAGAAAAAGUCUCAGCUGUCCCAAGGAGAAGAAAACCCGGGAAAAAAGAAACGUGAACUUCCAAAAGGAGAUUAGUGAGAAGUUGGGCCAGUAUUCUUCCCCAGUGGCCAGGCGCUGCUGCCAGGACGGGCUGACACGGCUGCCCAUGAUCCGCUCCUGUGAGCAGCGGGCAGCCCGCGUGGGACAGCCAGACUGCCGGGAGCCCUUCCUGUCCUGCUGCCUGUUUGCUGAGAGCUUGCGCAAGAAGGCCCGGGCCAGGGACCAGGGGGGCCUUGCCCGAGUCCUGGAGACCCUGCAGGAGGAGGACCUGAUUGAGGAGGAUGAGAUUCCCGUGCGCAGCUACUUCCCAGAGAACUGGCUGUGGAAUGUGGAACGAGUGAACGGCUUCCUCCAAUUCUCACCACUGGUCCCUGACUCUAUAACCACAUGGGAGAUCCAUGGUGUGAGCCUGUCUGAAACCAAAGGUCUGUGUGUGGCUGCACCGCUCAAGAUCCAAGUGUUCCGAGAAUUCCAUCUGCACCUCCGCCUGCCUGUGUCUAUCCGCCGCUUUGAGCAGCUUGAGCUUCGGCCUGUGCUCUACAACUACCUGGAUAAAAAUCUAACCGUGAGCGUCCACGUGACACCACAGGAGGGCCUGUGUCUGGCUGGGGGUGGAGGGCUGGCCCAGCAGGUGAUAGUGCCUGCAGGAUCUGCCCGGCCUGUUGGCUUCUCGAUGGUGCCCACCGCAGCUACUGCUAUACCCCUGAAGGUGGUGGCUCGAGGGUCCUUGGACUUCCCUGUGGGGGAUGCAGUGUCUAAAGUUCUACGUAUUGAGAAGGAAGGGGCCAUCCAUAUGGAGGAGCUUGUCUAUGAACUCAACCCCCUAGACAACAGAGCCCGGACCUUGGAAAUUCCUGCCAACUCCGAUUCCAAUAUUAUCCCUGAUGGAGAUUUCAGUAGCUUUGUCAGGGUCACAGCCUCAGAUCCAUUGACCACUUUGGGCUCUGGAGGGGCCUUGUCACCGGGAGGCCUGGCCUCCCUCCUGAGGCUCCCCCAGGGCUGCGGGGAACAAACCAUGGUCCUCUUGUCUCCAACACUGGCUGCUUCCCGCUACUUGGACAAGACUGAGCAGUGGAGCUUGCUGCCCCCUGAGACCAAGGACCACGCUGUGGAUCUGAUCCAGAAAGGUUACACACGGAUCCAGCAGUUUCGAAAAGAAGAUGGUUCCUAUGGGGCUUGGUUGACGCGGUCUAGCAGUACCUGGCUCACAGCCUUUGUGCUGAAGACUCUGAGUUUGGCCCAGGAGCAGGUGGGCGGCUCCUCUGAGAAGCUGCAGGAGACAGCUGAGUGGCUUCUGACCCAGCAACAGGGGGACGGCUCAUUUAAGGACCUGCAUCCCGUUCUCCACAGGGGCAUGCAGGGGGGCUUGGUGGGCAAUGAUGAGACCGUGGCGCUCACAGCCUUUGUGGUGGUCGCCCUCCAGCACGGACUGGCUGCCUUCCAGGACAAGAGUGCAGAGGCGCUGAAGCAGAGAGUGGAAGCUUCCAUCUCAAAAGCAAACUCAUUCUUGGGGGAAAAAGCAAGUACAGGACUCCUGGGCUCCCAUGCAGCCGCCAUUACCGCCUAUGCCUUGACACUGUCCAAGGCCUCCCAGGACCUGCAGGAUAUUGCCCACAACAACCUCAUGGCCAUGGCCCAGGAGAUUGGCAAUAGCCUGUACUGGGGCUCAGUCACGGGCUCACAGAACAACGUCGUGUCAGCCACCCCGGCUCCUCGAAACCCGGAAGACCCUGUGCCCCAGGCCCCAGCCGAAUGGAUUGAGACCACAGCCUAUGGCCUGCUACACCUGUUGCUUCGGGAGGGCAAGGCAGAGAUGGCUGAUCAGGCUGCGACCUGGCUCAACAACCAGGGCAGCUACCAGGGGGGGUUCCGCAGCACCCAGGACACCGUGAUCGCCCUGGACGCCCUAUCUGCAUACUGGAUCGCCUCCCACACCACUGAGGAGAAGGGCCUCAAUGUAACUCUCAGCUCCGUGGGCCGCAGUGGGCCCAAGUCCCAUGUGCUGCAGCUGUCUAACCACCAAGCUCAGGGGCUGGAGGAGGAGCUGCAGUUCUCCUUGGACAGCAAGAUUAACGUGAAGGUUGGAGGAAACAGCAAAGGAACCUUGAAGAUCCUUCGUACCUACAAUGUCCUGAACAUGGAGAACUCGACCUGCCAGGAUCUUCAUAUUGAAGUGACGGUCAUGGGCCACGUGGAAUACACAAUGGAAGCGAACGAGGACUAUUUCGACUAUGAGUAUGGCGAGUUUCCAGCCAGGGAUGACCCAGAGGCCCAUUCCCAGACAGUGACACCCUUGCAGCUCUUUGAGGGACGGAGGAACCGCCGCAGGAGGGAGGCACCCAAGGUGGCUGAGGAACAGGAAUCCAGAGUGCAGUACACUGUGUGCAUCUGGCAGAAUGGCAAGCUGGGGCCGUCGGGCAUGGCCAUCGCGGACAUCACCCUCCUGAGCGGAUUCAAUGCACUUCGGGCUGACCUGGAGAAGCUGACCUCUCUCUCUGACCGCUAUGUGAGUCACUUUGAGACCGAGGGGCCCCACAUCCUGCUGUACUUUGACUCGGUCCCCACCUCCCGGGAGUGUGUGGGCUUUGGAGCCGUGCAGGAGGUGGCCGUGGGGCUGGUGCAGCCGGCCAGCGCCACCCUGUAUGACUAUUAUAACCCCGAGCACAAAUGUUCUGUGUUUUAUGGGGCACCAACUAAGAGCAAACUUUUGUCCACGCUGUGCUCUGCUGAAGUCUGCCAGUGUGCUGAGGGGAAGUGCCCCCGACAGCGUCGCGCCCUGGAGCGGGGGCUGCAGGAGGAGGACGGGUACAGGAUGAAGUUUGCCUGCUACUAUCCACGGGUGGAUUACGGCUUCCAGGUGAAGGUUCUCCGAGAAGAUGGCAGAGCUGCUUUCCGCCUCUUUGAGACCAAUAUCACCCAAGUCCUGCACUUCACCAACGAUGCCAAGGCCACUGCUGGUCAGACCCGGAACUUCCUAGUUCGAGCCUCAUGCCGCCUUCGCUUGGAACCUGGGAAAGAAUAUUUGAUCAUGGGUCUGGAUGGGGUCACUCAUGACUUCAAGGGAGACCCCCAAUACCUGCUGGAUGCAUACAGCUGGAUCGAGGAGAUGCCCUCUGAGCGCCUGUGCAGGAGCACCCGCCAUCGGGUAGCAUGCACCCAAUUCAGAGACUUCCUCCAGGAAUAUGGCACUCAAGGGUGCCAGGUGUAAGGGCUGCCCUCCCACCCAGAGGAGCCUGAGCUUGGAAAGGCGACUUUGGACUGUUGCUGCCACUGGGCCCCCAGGGCAGGACCAACCUCUCAAUAAAGACCUUUGCAGCAAUG